UGCUACUCCUCGCUUUCUGUUCCGUGAUAGACACUCCCGUCACUCCAGCUACAGCGUAACAGAAGCAAUGAGCAACAACCACCCGGACGCAAACAUUCACCCUGAAGCCACUGGCCCAGCCAAAGCCACAGCCAAGGCCCAUUUCGCCCCCUGCGACCUCCAAUUCUACAGCGGCUGGUUCUGUCCCUUUGCCCAACGCGUGUGGAUCGCCCUCGAGGAAAAAGGCAUCCAAUACCAAUACAUUGAAGUAAACCCCUACCACAAACCCAAAUCCCUCCUCGACCUCAACCCCCGGGGUCUCGUACCCACGCUGAAAUGGAAGGACAAGCCGGUGUACGAGAGCAGUGUGCUCAUCCAGUUUCUCGAAGAGGCUUAUCCACACCACAGUCCGAAGCUGAUGCCCGAGGAUCCGUAUCUGAGGUGGAAGGUGAGGGUUUGGACGGACUUCAUUACCACGAGGAUUGUGCCGGGCUUUGUGCGAUUCCUGGGUGCGCAGGAUGAGAAGCUGCUAGAGGAGCAGAGGGAAGAGUUUCUGGGGCAUUUGAAGGAGAUUGCUAAAGCCAUGGAUCCGGAGGGUCCGUUUUUCCUGGGAAGGGAUUUUGGAGCUGUGGAUGUUAUGUUGGCACCCUGGGCGAUGCGGUUCUGGGCCUUUGAUCAUUUCAAGAAGGGGGGUUUGGGAGUCCCGGACAAGGGAAAGGGAGGCGAGGAUGAAGAGGUUUGGGAGAGGUGGAGGAAGUGGGUGGAGGCUGUGAAGGAGAGGAGGAGUGUCAAGGAGACGAUGAGUGAGAGGGAGCAUUACUUGCCCGUCUAUCAGCGGUAUGCGGAUGAUAAGGCGCAGAGUCAGCUGGCGAAGGCGUUGAGGGCGGGGAAGGCCGUGCCAUAGAUAUCUCAGUGAGGGCAGUCUCGUCCAAUGUAUUCUCCCAAGGGUUAUACGCUAUCUUGAUUCGAUAUCAAGCAGUCUGUGCCGUUCACUCCAUCACACACGUAUGCCGACGGUCACAGCGGGGGAAAGUAGGUGUUCAGCUAGUCUAGCGGAUGGCAGGGCUUUGGUCGAAGUGGGAACCUACUAGCCGACGAGGAUGUUGUAGGAUCAAAUGCUUCCAGAUACAUCUGAUAUGUAGAUAAUAUAG